AGCUCGUAGUAUCUCGAGUUCCUGUUCCCAGCUUUUGCUCUUAGUCGAGUUCACAGCUCGCGUUUCUACCGCGUGAUGGCCUCAGUCUCGAACUGCUCUUCGUUUUCCGCCCUGCGUAGCUUCUGGGAGAAUAUCAGCAGCGAGAAACCGACGGCAGCACGCCGCGGACAGCCGCUGAGAGAGUCGUCCAGCAGUAGAUCGAUCGAGGCCUGCUCUCAUGACGUCACAGCUGCGCUGCCAAUGCUAAUCGAGCCGCCAGCUGUGACGUCCGAUCACGCGACGCCAGAUCAAGCGUCAGAGCUUUUAAGGUCAGAAUCCGUGUUCUCGUGUCCGGCUGCGUCAGCCUGUCUGGCCUCUGUUUCUGCAACGCCGGACGCUGAAGCUUCCGAUGCUGCAGCUUCGGUUGCUGAAGCUUCGGACGCUGGAGCUUCCGAUGCUGAAGCUUCCGCUGCUGAAGCUUCCGCUGCUGAAGCUUCAGACGCUGGAGCUUCCGAUGCUGACGCUUCGGACGCUGGAGCUUCCGAUGCUGAAAAUUUGGUUGCUGACGCGGCAUCAGAUCCAGUGGUGUCGGUUCCGACCGCUCUAUCGUCAUCAGGUGGCACCAAGACAGCAGCUAUAAGAUUAGCACUACGGCUGCUGCCGUCGCGGAUCCCAAGACCGAACAAUAAAAGGACAGUGGUUAAGCGCGUGGGAGGAACGACGCUGAUCCCGAGGCCUAGAUGUGCUGCACCACAGAGCGAGGUGAGGGGGGUGAGGUCAGUGGAAACUGAAGCUGCGAUCGAAAGGCCUAGCAGGGCGUCGAGGGUGGUGCUGGCAGCAACCUCAAGGCGGCCAUGGCGGCCUUGACUGCUGCUGUGCUGAAAAAAAAGAAUGGGGAGGGGGGAAAAAAAAGGCAAAGGAAAACGGCUGAAAUAUGACACGUGCUGAAAAGCUGGGUGUUGGUGGGAGUGUGGAGGUUGGGGGUUGGGAGUGUAAAGGAUGGGGGUUGGGUGGGGAUAAGGGAUUGCUGCUAUGCUGUAAGGAGGGCUCCAGGCCUGAGCGCUCCUGACAGAUGGCUCCAGGCCUGAGCGCUCCUGAUGGAUGGCUCCAGGCCUGAGCGCUCCUGACGGAUGGCUCCAGGCCUGAGCGCUUCUAACUGAUGGCUCCAGGCCUGAGCGCUCCUGACGGAUGGCUCCAGGCCUGAGCGCUCCUGAUGGAUGGCUCCUGGCCUGAGCGCUCCUGACGGAUGGCUCCUGGCCUGAGCGCUCCUGACGGAUGGCUCCAGGCCUGAGCGUUCCUGAUGGAUGGCUCCCGGCCUGAGCGCUCUUGACGGAUGGCUCCUGGCCUGAGCGCUCCUGACGGAUGGCUCCAGGCCUGAGCUCCUGAGGGAUGGUGCCAGGGUGGUGUGGCUAGGGAGAUCGGCGAUAAAGUUCUUGACUUGUGUUAGGAUCUUGGUUGGUUAAUAAUGCUUUAGUGCUACAUCAUCUGUCCUAAUGCUUACAAAUUUCCUGACGUCUAAUGUUGUCCUGAGGCAAGGCUGACAAAGUUAGCUAGCAUGUUCGUACACCGUACUAUACCAUGGCAUACCAU